UUUACCUGUGGCUUCUUCUAGUUGGUUUAGAGCCUUGCUUUGGGUCAGUGUUUCUGCAAGAGGAUGCCGUCCAUUUACCAGCCCACCAUGCAGAAUGGAGGUAGCCAGCAGCAGCGGCAGCAAGAGGCACAAAGCACGCAGUCAGACGGCAGGACUUACGAACAGCUGAAGAGGGAGUGCCUGCAAAAUAAAAAACUCUUCUGUGAUCCAGACUUCCCUGCAACUGAGUCCUCUCUUUUUUACAGCCAGAAGCCCCCUAUUCCUUUUGAAUGGAAAAGGCCUGGGGAAUUUCAGAAGGAGCCAAAGUUCAUUGUAGGUGGGGCUACAAGGACAGAUAUUUGCCAAGGGGAUUUGGGUGAUUGUUGGCUCUUGGCUGCCAUUGCUUCUCUAACACUUAAUGAAAAGACAUUGGCAAGGGUGGUUCCUCCAGAUCAGAAUUUUGAUGUUGACUAUGCUGGGAUAUUUCAUUUUCAGUUCUGGCAACAUAAUGAGUGGAUGGAUGUCAUCAUAGAUGACCGAUUGCCUACCUUCAGGAAUCGACUAGUCUUUGUACAUUCUAUUGAAAUGAAUGAGUUCUGGAGUGCCCUCCUUGAGAAGGCCUAUGCAAAGUUAAAUGGAAGUUAUGAAGCUCUGAAAGGAGGAAGUACUCUAGAAGCUAUGGAAGAUUUUACUGGAGGUGUGGGAGAGAUGUAUGAAACAAAAAAUGCUCCUGCAAAUCUUUUCCAGAUUAUUGAUAAAGCACUUAAAAGAGGUUCAAUGUUGGGAUGCUCAAUUGAUAUAACUAGUUCUGCUGAAUCAGAAGCUCAGACAGCCUCAGGCCUUGUGAAAGGACAUGCUUACUCAAUUACUGGCCUUGAAGAGGUAAACUACAGAGGAAGGAAGGUAAAGUUGAUCAGAGUUAGAAAUCCCUGGGGUCAAGUUGAAUGGAAUGGCCCAUGGAGUGACAACUCUUCAGAAUGGAAAAUGAUUGAUGCUCAGGAAAGGAAGCGUUUAACUCAAGUAUCUCUGGAUGAUGGAGAAUUUUGGAUGGAAUUUGAAGAUUUUAAAGCAAAUUACGAUAAGAUUGAGAUUUGUAACCUUACUCCAGACUCCCUGGAUGAUGACACACUUCAUAAAUGGGAAGUAACAGUCUUUAACGGAAGCUGGAUCAGAGGAUCUACAGCAGGUGGCUGCCGAAACUACAUUGACACAUUCUGGACAAAUCCCCAAUUUAAGCUGUCGUUGCUGGAGAAGGAUGAUGAUCAUGACCAGAGUACGUUCAUCAUAGCCCUACUGCAAAAGAACAGGCGCAAGCUCCGAAAGCUAGGACAAGAUCUACAAACAGUUGGCUUUGCAAUUUAUGAGGCCAGUAAACAUGAAGACCAUCUUACAAAAGAUUUUUUCCGAUACAAUCCUUCCAAAGCUCGAAGCAAUACAUACAUUAAUUUAAGGGAACUUUCCCAACGUUUUCGAUUGCCUCCUGGAGACUACAUUGUGGUUCCAACCACCUUUGAGCCACACAAAGAAGCGGAUUUCCUCCUGAGAAUCUUUUCAGAAAAGAAAACAGAAUCUUUGGAAAUGGGAAAUACAAUCAGUGCAGAUCUUCCUGAACCACCUCCUCCACCAUCAGUGAAACAGGAAACCGAAGAAGAAAAAGGCUUGAGAAGACUAUUUCAGCAAAUAUCUGGACAGAAAAUGGCAAUCAGUGCCAGGGACCUUCAAAAUGUGCUUGAUGGUGUACUGAGCAGACGAAAAGAAAUCAAAUAUAAAGGAUUACCACUGCAUACAUGCCACAGCAUUAUCGAUCUAAUGGAUACAAAUAAUACUGGACAAAUCGAAUUUCCUGAAUUUACAAUUUUUUGGGAAAAGGUGAAGAGAUGGAUUGGUCUGUUUCUUAUGUUUGAUACAGAUAGAUCUGGGACAAUGUCAUCCUAUGAAAUGCGAUUAGCUUUAAAGGAAGCUGGAAUGCAACUUAACAACAAGAUCAUUCAACUUAUUGGGUUAAGGUUUGCUGAUGAAGAAUACCAAAUUACCUUCGAUGAAUACCUGGCUUGCAUUGUUCGCCUUGAAAAUAUGUUCAGAAUAUUUCAAGCAUUGGACAAACGACAAACUGGAGAGAUAUCACUUAAUGUGGCUCAGUUCCUGGCUUUAACCAUGAAUGCCUAAUAAAAGAUGAUGACAUGAAGAAAUUUCUGCAUUCAGCAAGAUUUCUAAAUAUUGGGAAUGAGGACACAAAUAUUGCUUUAUUUUCUUGUUUUGGUAAAGAAACUGUAUUAAACUUCCAAUACAGAACAUUAAAUUACUUAAGGCAGUCUUGACUAAAAACACCUGUAUUGUGCUUGAUUGUCCUUGUGCAGGUGUAUUUUUAUGUUCUGCAUUUAUAAUGCUAAAGACAAUGUUUCAAAAGUCCGAGAAGAAAAACGAUUGUUUUAACAUGAUAAUACAAACUUUUCAAAGCUUUACAAAACUAUUUUACUAAAAUAUAUCAAGGGGGAAAUAUGGUACGGCCCAAAAGAUGCUUGGAUAAGGUUGAUGAACAUAAUCAUUUUUUUAAAUGUAAUCAAUAGAGUAUACUUAUUGAAACUAUGAUGUUAUUAAACUACAUUACCUCCACUUGUUUCAUCUUUCUUGUAGAUCAGGGAUCUCAAACUCCAGUUCUGGGGGGCUGCAGUGGCUGCAGGUUUUCAUUCUAACCCUUUUCUUAAUUAGUGCACUGUUUUUGCUGCUAAUUAAGUUCUUUUGAAUUCAUUUUAAUUGACUUGUUUUUUAAGAUUUGUUCCCCGGAAUUUCUUCAUCGUCACUCUGAAUUGCUUAAUUUCUUUCCUUAAUCAGAAAUGAAAUGUGAAGUGAGUGAGCCAGUAGAAGACCAGCUAAAUCAGGUCCUCAAACUCCAACAAAUUUUACUUCAACCAGUUGCUUAAUCAGGUGCCAGGUCUUGUUGUUAAUUAAACUCAUUCUUUAAUUCCAUGGCCUGUUGCUGCUCUCAUUGUGCAAAAGCACACAUUUUCAAAAUUGUUGAUUUUUUCUUUACUUUUCUAAGAGCACUGUUACAAUGUUUUGGGGACCUGAGCAAACCAACAUUUCUGAGACCUCCACCUUUUUUAUUUUAAGAUAUUGUAUGAUGGUCACAGUUUGCUGGUCAUGUUUUGGUUCAUUUUGUAUCUCAUUAUUGUUUAGCUGCUAAUUAAGGACAAAUACAUAAUUAUUGGGUCUGAGUCUUCAAGAGCAAGUCAAUUAAAAUGGAUUCAAAAUAAGGUAAUUAGCAGCAAAAACCGGUCCCUAAUUAAGAAAAGAGUCAGAAUGAAAACCUGCAGCCACUGUGGCCCUAUAGGACUGGAGUUUGAGAUUCCUCAUGUAGAUGUUAAAAAUUCAGAGCUAAAAAAAACAAAACAAACAAGUACAUAAUGGUUGUCAGGCAGAUACCAAUAAGGACUAUAUAGACCUACUUUGAAACUUGAUUUGAUUUAAAUUAAAUUAAGUCAUUUAAUCCUCCCUCUUUAAGUUAAUCUUCCUGCACUGUGAGGUAAAGCUUUCCCUUUUAUUCUGGAAGUUCCAAUGACCAAGGACAAAUUCAGGAUGUCUAUUUGAAAAGUACAUACUGUGGUCAUCCCAAUGUGACCAGUGAAUGUAAAGUCUAAUGCAUUUGUGUUUAGAAUCACUGUGAAUCAAAGACAUACUGCACUAAAACGGUGUCAAUUUUAGGGGCUUGGGACUGUGCCUUUCUUCUCUUACUGCCAUAAACCCAAGAAGUAUUAAAAUAGCCAAAGGACCCUAUUGAAAUAAAUUCAAUGUGGUUUAAACCAAGGCUAAUAACAAGGGGAAAGUAGAAGUUGUAGUUUUGUAACCAUUACCUAGAAUCAUUCAUUAUAUCCACCUCACAGUUUUAUCACUGUCCAUAAAAUAAACUUUCAUUCUUCCAUUUGGAUCAUGUUGGUUUCUUCACUCUUCACUCACAAUGACAUUUUAUAUAUGCUUUUCAAAUUUAGUAUUUAUAUAACAAUGCCAUCAAUAUGCAAUUUUCUUUCUCAAGAUUUACCUCACGUCUACUUUUCUAUUAUCUUCAUAAAAAUUUUACAUGUGAAACUUUGGGUUUGUAAUUAGAAAUCUUGACUUGACAAUAGAGUUUUGAUAAAAAAUAGUUCAUGUAAUCAGGAGAGAAAAAAUAAAGUAUUUUAAAUAAGGUUCUUUCAA